AUGUCUUAUGUGCCCAAGCUUACAAUACCCGAGUCUGCCUUUGAUCCAUCUGGCUAUACCUUGAGAAACACAAGGUCAAAAUCGGGACUUUUAGCAUACCUCGUCAAAUUAGCCAAUGGUGGGUCUCUUGCAUUGAUAGUAUCCUACUUGGUGGGAUUUCUCAUAGUCAAACCAUUAUUGGAGACAUCUAAUAGUCGAAGAUUGGAGUUUCUUGAAUGUAUGAGACUGAACUUGAGAAACAUUUACUUGAAAAUGAUUACAAGAGUGAGCUAUAUCCCCAUCGUUGCAAUUAGAAGAAAUGGGAAAUUACAUGCUGAUGCAAUAAUUCAAACUGACUCACAGCCAGAGACAGGACCUGAUAUUGAAGAUAGAUUGUCUCAAGGUGAACUAUAUCAGAAGAUGGUGAAGAUGUCAUCGUUGCUCAAUACUUAUGUCAAGCAUUGGUCAAUGGAGGAUUUCACAAACUACAAAGGAGUCAAUUUUGCCAUCAAGGAUUUACAGAAUAAAUCAGACUUGGUGUAUUUUGAUGAUCAAGAGUUUUUCACUUUGGAUACUGGGCUAGAAGCUGGGCCCAGUGGAGGAAAGGCUAGAAAAAGGAAUAUUGUUGUUGAUACAAAGAAUGAAAUUAGAAGUAUUAAAGGGUUGUAUAUGAGUGGACAGGUUUAA